CCUUGUAUCGAAGGAAGGAAGGAAGAGAGCAAAUUAAAAGUUGUUAUGCCUUCCUCAAGAAAACAGUUCUGUGCAAGUGAAGAUAUAUAUCCAGGAGGAAAAGAAAUGGAGACUCUCCUUCUCGGGCUUCUGCUCAGCCUGCUCUGGAAUUGUGAUGUAGCUCUGCCGCUGCAUGCCAGGACUCGCUUGACCAUUCAUCCCAAGGAGCCGGUGGUGGAAGUUGGGGGCUCUGUUCGACUGCAUUGUUCCAUGGAUUGCCCAGGAGGCAAAGUGCAGUGGGAAGGGCUGGAUACCGACCUGGGGGACGUCAUUUCCAACGGCACGUCCAGCAUCCUGACUGUCACCAACGCAGCAGUGAGGAUGGAAGGCAUGAAGAUAUGCAUGGGCCAAUGUGAAGGAAAGUCCUUCCAAAAGACGGUGGAAUUACAGGUGUAUUCUCUUCCAGACACCUUGCAAUUGGACUCCCAGCCUGAGGUGCCAAGGGCUGGGCAGACAGCCCGUCUCUUCUGUUCGGUGAGCCACGUCUACCCCGCCGAAGCCUUUACGCUGAGCUGGUUCCAGGGAGACCACAGGGUGCAGUGUCCCGUGGAAGAGGAUAUGGAGGAUUCUGAGCUGUUUACUUUUCAUUCCAAAUUGGAGAUCCCGGUUGUUGCAGAACAUACAACCUACCGGUGUGAGGCAAAACUGCAGAUUGGUGAACAUCUGUUCCUCCAAAGCAGGAUGGUAACAAUUCAUGCCCAAGCUCCACAGGAGAUACGCACCACUACAAAAACAACAACAAGCCAUUCGGGGAGACCUGUCACUGCCACUGAUGGGAGUUCUUCACUUGAGGCGCUCACCAGAAGCCUUCCAACCCUCCAUUCCACAGAGCAUUCCACCAUUUUGAUGCCUGUUGCUAUCACCACGGUAGCCCCCAUCUUGGAAUCUACGACAAGCCCUGCCAUCAUGAUAAAUCCUUCCACUGGAUCCCUUUCUCCAGCAGCUAACUCCUUUGGAAAAGUGUUGACAGUCUCUUCUGAGCCCCUGGAUGGGGCUCUCCGCACCUCUGCAAAGCUCUCCAUGUUCACUUUGACACCUGUUACAGAGACCUUAGCUAAGUUGGGGGUUGUUUCACAAGCCCUUCCCACAACAGACCAACAACCUGCUGCAAAGCUUGUUUCUACCACGAACGACCCUCCUGCGAAGAGCAGCGUUGCUACAAGAAGGCCUCCCAACCACACAGUGGAACAGGCCACAGGCCUCUGUAGGCCUGUGAUCACACCUUUCCCUCCCCAAGGGACCAUGGGGGGAACACUUCACAUCACAUGCCACGCAGUAGAGUGUCAUGAAGAUGUCCAAGUCCGGUGGGAGGAAACUCCUGUGGCUCAGUCCCAGUACCACCAGGAGAAGGCUGAGGGCCAGUCCACCUUGACUGUUGAUAGUGUCAGCUUGGAGCACCAGGGGGUCUACCGAUGUAUUGUGAUGACCAGCCAGCCCCGGAUGGCAAGUUUACGUGUUAUUGUGACUGCUGGUAUGUUCAACACUAACACUAUCAUUGCCAUCGGAGCUGCUGGCUCUCUCUUGGGGCUGAUCGUCACCAGCUAUGUGUUCCGUCGUGUGUGGCAACAGCGUGGCAGCUAGUGUGGUACGAUUCCUUGGCCGCUACUACUCUCCCUGCUCCAGUGACUUUGCCAGGGAAAAAGAGCUGGUUCUCGCUGGCCUCGGGGGGGCCUUGCAAGG